AACUUCAACAUCCUUUUGAUGGAUGGGACCAUCGCAAGGCAAGCAUCACAACCGCAGGUUCCAACUCACUGCUUUUUUUAAGCAUCAGCAUUGCAAUAACACUUUAGAAAAAUAGUAUCACUUUCAAGCAAACAGAAUCACACCACCAUGAAGUUCUUGUCCCUCCUUGUUGCUGCCUUGACGGCAUCCUGCAGCCAUGCCUUUGUUGGUUUCCAAGCACCACCACUAUCAUCCUCCUCUGUCGCCAUGAUGAGAUGGCACCAACGGCCUGCCUUUGUAUUCUCCUCCAAUAAUAAUAAUAAGAUUGUUCUGAAACUGUCGUCUUCGGAUUUCCAAUCGGAUUUUGCCUCUGCCAUGCCAGAAGCGCCCAAAUUGACCAUGCGAGAAUAUCUGGAACAAGCGGCCGAUAAAUGUAUUUCCAAUGUGCAAGGAUCACUGGGAGAAGGCGUCGAAGGAGUACCCGAAUUGGACGCGCUUCGAGCAUUGCGACAAGACGAUGCCAGCCCCACCGAAGAAGAACUCAGCAUUGGCAUUUACGAACUCAUGAUUGAACGAGGCAUGACGUACGAUGAAGAUCCCGACAAUGGAGUACUGACACCUACAGAUUUUGAUAUUCAAGCCAAUUUGGAUGUCCCCGAAGUCAAGGAGGAAUUCUUGUAUCUAUACAAAUACGGCAUGAAUCUUGUUACCAAGGGAUUUGUCGAUGUGGAAAAGCUUGCCGAAGUCGUCAAGAAACGAUUGAUUGCUCGAACGGGAAAGACACCCGAAGAAUUUGAUGCCUGGUUAGGAUUCUAAGGAUUCAUCAUUCAUUCUAAUACCCAACUACAUGCACCAAACUGAUCCACUUUGACGCUAGCUGUAGAACCAAUAGCUGCCCUUCUUUGUUGGAUAGUUAUCGAGAAAUGAAGCUUUCUUAGUUUCGAUGCAUCGUUGCUUGAUCUUUGCACCAAGACGAGCUUGCUGUUUUACAUCGCGUCUGGGCUCAACAUAAGAGCGAUGCGGCAGGGGGCCCUCGAGGCUUUGCAAGUUGCAAGUUUCGCUCUUUCAUCGUUAAUUUGCAGCCGUCAGUCAUACCGUUAGCGCAGAUUACAAGUAUAGGCUGGGCUGGCCCUAGUACAAGCCAGGUACGAGCAGCAGCAGUUCAAAGCAAUGCGAGGGAGAGUUGCCAACCAACCAGCCUGGCAUAAUGCAAACUGUCAAACCCUCUCGUUCAUUUCGACUGAUGCUGCAGCUAGCUGGAUCUUUUUCACACAAAACUUCGAUUGGGGCUGGAGAAGCAAAACAGCCAGAAGAAAACGUGUGCUACUGGCUGAGUGGACACCCAUGCAUACAUACUACCGUAGCUUUCGGCGCGCACGUUUUGAUUGAUGAGUCUGCACAAAUCUACUUCGUUCUCUGUAGCCCAGGUCUUUGAACGUUCUUGAAGAGUGAACCUUGCUUUGGGCCCGUAUUAGAGGUUGCUCCAUUGCUUUCUGCUACCUGGCC